AUGUCGUUCAUAGGAGAUCUUGAGGCGCGUGCGUCACUUCGGAAUCCACACCCUCGCUCCAACGUGACAGCGAACAACUAUUACAAUUUAACUAAUCACUCGCCGGCUUCGUACAUACCAGAGGGACGCGGGGUUCUCGACACGGGCAGAACGGUGCCCACGGGAGCGAGGAGCUUCGACUCCGUCUCGGACUGUCGGUGGCGUAACCGCGAGGACGGAGAGAGCGCGUAUCUCCGCCCCUACACUCGCGACGAGAUCCCCCGCUCCGAUCGUGCUGUGUACAAAAGCGCUUAUCUCUGGGAGGACUCCGCAGACAAUAGGAGAUUCACGGAGAGAAGAAAAAAAACUGUCAGAUUCGAUGGCCACGAGGGCGCGGCGACGUUCCCGCGUGGCGGGCGAGACUCAUCGGGGGUUCCACAUGACUGGGCCUCCUUACGUUGGGAGUCAGAAAGACAAACGAGCCAAGAUUCCGCUACGAAAGAUUCAGGCAUCGAUACUUCUAGUACGUUUACAUCCAGCGAAGAUUCGAACAGGGGCGAGUGCCCUAAGUUUCCUUUAAACUGGCAAGUGUCUCCGGACGGGACACGCAUGGUCGGUCACAUGGUUCUUCGUAAGAGCGUAGUAGAGGGAAGUUCCCAUUCAUCUGCGGCUAUUCUUGGCCUUAAAGUCGUCGGUGGGAAAAUGCUACCAGACGGCACACGCGGUGCCGUGGUGGAAAAGGUUAAAAAGGGAUCCAUCGCUGAUCAGGAGGGUCAACUAAGAAUAGGUGAUGAGGUAUUGCAGUGGAAUGGUAUGCCCCUCCAAGGCCGAAGUGCUGAGGAGGUAGCCGCAGUUGUGGCUAAUAGUAAACACGACACCCACGUUGAGCUGGUGGUCACGCGCCCUCUUGCCUCUGCUAGGCUUCUCGCACAACCUUGGAAAUCGCAUAAAGAAGUCUACACGGAAGUGUUAGGAGGCGGCGAAAAGCCAAGCGUUCUAGUCACCUCCCCAGGCUCACCAGAUGUUUAUGGCCGGAGACGUAAUGCCAGGCAGAAUAAUCAAAACGCAUAUGUCGCUGGACGAAUACAGCUGAAACUCUACUUCGACAUAGCAGCGCUGCAGCUUCUUGUAACUGUGGUAUCUGCCAGCGGUCUCACGCCAAGAGCAGACGGUUCCCCACGAUGCCCUUAUGCCAAAAUCUUCCUCUUACCAGACAAGAGUGAAAAGAGCAAACGCAGAACGAAGACCCUCGCUAACACCCUGGAACCCAGGUGGAACCAGACAUUCGUUUAUUGCGGGAUACGGUUUAGUGAUAUCAAGAAGAGAACUGUAGAGGUGACAGUUUGGGACCUGAACCGCUAUGGACCCAAUGAUUUUCUCGGCGAAGUUCUAUUAGAUCUCGAGAAUAUGCCGAUGAAUCAUGAGCCGAAUUGGUACAAAUUGAAACCGCACGACGAAUUCGCUGGGUUUGGGAGAUACAGAGAAGACGAAGCUGAUGGAGAACAUCUAUCCCCACCUUCCACCUCAACUUCUCGACUCUCAGACUCGGACACGCCCAGCGAGUGUGAUCUACGACGACACCAUUCGCUCUCCAGCCUGGCUUCAAGCUCGAGCCCACCACCACCCCACGAGGUCGAUGGCACUCGGUACAGUCGGCGCGACAUGUCCCCAGCCGGGCGAGUUCGUACAGCGGGCGUGGCCAGGGAACGGGGUCCCGGCUACGUGGCGCGGUCGCAAUCAGCGGCCGGGGGGCGAAGCGCCUCGCCUCGCCGAUCCCUCUCCCCGCCGAACGAUAGAGACGCAUACCGCUACACAGUGUGUGAAGAGCGCGGUGAGAACGCGCGGUUGCCAACUCACGCUUAUGCACCACGCUUUCAAUCACGGUCUGCAACUGCGACGCCUACCACCAGCCCAAAGAAACGGCAGUUACCACAAAUCCCACAUCAGAAUACACAGAGAGCCAUGCGCGCGCAGGUGUCUGCGGAUCUCGAAGAACGUAAGUGGAUCGCCCCGCAUCAUAUUGGCGCCACACUCACCUACCGCAGCACGCCACAAGGGUGGGAAAGACACUACGCAGGGCUCUCGGACUCGGAGUUGGCCUCUCGUGGUGGCGGUUGGGCGCCAAGACGACGACUGUCUCCGGAUGCAGCCGCUGGCGAUUCUGACAUUGAAUCCGUGGCUUCGGUUACAUCGAGUGCAUUCAGUACGCAGUCAGAACGACCACGCCCUACCAGAAUGCUUAGAAAACGGAGUUUUCGUCCUCUUAGUAAAUCAUCCUCCUGUGAUAGCUUCAUUAUAGAUCCCUAUAUUACUCCCGAAUAUCCUUAUCAAUUAAGAUCCAGUACAUUAGGCUCAUCUUUGAAUCGAAAAUUUGGAAUAGACCGCUAUAAACCCGACAUUUAUCCAACGAUCAAGACUACACCUAGCUCACGAAAUAUACACGGGAUCUUACGUCGCAGUCAUUCGAUAGGUGCUAGUAUUAGAAACAGUUUUCAUUCAUGUGGAAGAACAUUAAGUUGCCCUCAAAACGACGACGAUUUUUAUGAAUACGGCAAAAGUUACGUUUCAGAUAUUAUCAAGAAAAAUAGUAGAAAAUAUCCUAGUUACACAAUACUCCCUGAUAUAAGCAAAGCUGUAAAGUCAUCGAUCGCUAAACCGUACACUAAAAUUGGACAGUACUUUAGUAACGACGUCAAGUAUUCGAAUUUAAAUAAAUUAACUGAUGAGUAUAGAACAAAAAAGGUACCCAAUUUGCGCUUGCUAAAACACUUACGAGGCUCAUUCAAUUUUCAAUCUUUUGAUGAUAACAUCUAUAGGAGAGAGAGACUUCCUACUAUAGAUGAUCAAGAUGAUGAAACAUAUACAGAUCAUUAUCACGGGUAUGGGAGUGAUACAAGUUUAGCGACAAUGAUACAUGUCAGCAUCGAUACACCAAAAGAUAGUAUAUUCGAAAAGGAUGUCAUUAAUAAUACUAGAAGUAUUAGCAAUGACUAUAAAAAGAGUUUAUCACUAGAUCUUAACUCGUUAUACGGACUAGACUAUGAAGGCUAUAUUAAAAAUAAACACUGCAAUUCAAUUGAUAUAAGUCCAAACACAGAUAGCUUUGAACAGUUAAAUAUUAGUUUUAGCAAAAACAACUACGUAAAUAGCAGAGGUGUUUUUAAUACAAUAUUAGCAAAGUCGUCCCCCACGUCCAUUAAGUCUGUAUCCCCUGACGAUAUACUGGACAUUUACAACCGAUUAUCCGCAUACAAGAUUCUUGACACAAAAGAUAUUGAUGACGUAACGUUAGACAGAAAACCAAGAUAUAAAAAACGAGUAAACAUGGUGAGCAUUAAUGAAGUACCCACGAUACAAGAAUUCUAUUCGCCGGAUUCCUUUUCUCCUCUUUCGAGUCCCGAAUUUCCUUACGACGAGCCCAGAACCCCGAUCCCUAGAGAUGUCCGCAAUCCCCCAUACCGCACGUAUCCAAAACAUCAUGUAGAACAAGAUUAUAGAAGUAAAGCUAAUUCGUUCUCUAAUUUCUCUUCCUCAAACCCUGGCUCACCACAUCGCGCUUCCGCUACGCACCCGCCUCCCAACGAACCGACACCGGAUAAUCCACAAAACACCGAUCAACAAACUAAAACUGAACCACGGGAUCGCAAUCAAUCGACAAAUGCCAACACUAAACGGAAGAGUAUUGUUGAAACGGAAUCGCAAUGUAGCAAUGACUAUGGUGGUCGAGAGAACGGUAGAAACAACAAUCAACCUCCAACUCUUGAAAGACGCGAGUCGAGACACGGACAAUUCACACGAAGCUUGAGCAAUGCUGAUGCACCCGAUGAAAAAGCAGAUGGCAGCCUUAGCGAUACAGCGCUCGGUGCGACGUCGGAAAAUGAACCCGCUGGAGAUGAUGCACUGUUGAAAGCUGAACCGCGAGACUACUUUGGUCCUGGUAUGGGGAAGAAGAGCAAUUCAACAUCACAACUGUCGGCUACAGGACGAAAGAGACGGUUAGGUUUUGGUAAACGUGGGAAAAAUUCGUUUACGGUUCAACGCAGUGAAGAGGUUGUUCCCGGUGAAUUGAGAGGAGGCGCUGGACCGGGUACUGAAUGUUUUGUGUUGGCAUUGGCGGCGGACGGUCGCGUGCUGUCCAUCGUUGACCGUGCUUUUCGCGUAGAAGGCGGGGCCGGCGCGCGUCGCAAACGCUCCAGCGCCGUGGUCACCAGCUUCAAGCGCUCCCACGAAGUGUCUUCCAGCCUCGUCUCCAUAUGUAGCUCAGAGGGAACCUCAUGGUCACCGGGGAUGCGGGGUUCGAGUUCGUCAGACGGUGGCGGGUUAUCGGACUUCAUAGAUGGUCUGGGACCAGGCCAGUUGGUUGGGAGACAGCUUCUGGGCGCUCCGACAUUGGGCGAUGUGCAAUUAUCUAUGUGCUAUCAGAAGGGCUUCCUUGAGGUGGAGGUUAUACGAGCACGCGGUUUGCAAGCGCGUCAGGGCAGCCGCACUUUACCAGCUCCCUACGUCAAAGUGUACCUCGUGAGCGGAAAGCGCUGCAUCGCAAAGGCCAAGACUAAUACGGCGCGGCGCACACUCGAUCCACUAUAUCAGCAAACCCUUACAUUCCGAGAGAAUUUCAAAGGGUGUAUAUUACAAGUAACAGUGUGGGGAGACUACGGCCGUAUCGAAGGCAAAAAGGUGUUCAUGGGUGUUGCCCAAAUAAUGUUAGACGAUCUCAACCUAUCCAAUAUCGUCAUUGGAUGGUACAAACUCUUUGGAACGACGUCUUUGUAA